AUGGGUGACUCAACUACCCUGAUAUUUGUUGAAGUCAAACUCAGCCAAUCUCAAGAUUUUUAUGGAAACACAGGCCUUGCCAACCUCUGCCUUGCCAAAUCAAGCCCAAAGUCCCAGUAUCAAUACAUGAAGUUUCUCUCUGAGGUCACCUAUCCAUGUUUACAAUACAUGACAGAGGCUGUGAGGGAAGGAAAAAACCAGAUUCAGUCAGUGUUUGGCACUUCAGAAAAAGAUAUAUUUAAGGCCAUGUACAGUUCAAAGGAAGAGCAGCAAAGAUUCUCCAAUGCCAUGGAUGAUGCCUGGAGUCUGUAUGGUGAGGAAGUAAUGUCUGCAUUGGAUCUUUCUUGUUUCCAUGUUGUUUGUGAUUUGGGAGGUUGCAGUGAUGCCUUUGCAAAAAAAUAUAUUUCAUUGUACCCAAAUUCUACUGUGACCAUUUUUGACCUACCUGAAGUGGUGGAAAGAGCAAAGUCUUCUGCAUCCUCAGAGGAACACCGGAUUAUUUUCCAGGGUGGUGAUUUUUUCAAUGAUCCAGUUCCUGAAGCUGAACUGUAUAUCUUGUCUAGAAUACUCCAUGACUGGGAUGAUGACAAAUGUGUGACUCUGCUAACUAAAUUAUACAAGGCCUGUAAGCCUGGUGGUGGUGUGUUAUUAGUGGAGACAGUUCUCAAUGAAGACAGAAGUGGUCCUUUAGAAGCCCUCAUCUACUCCAUGGUGAUGCUGCUUAAAACUGAAGGAAAAGAACGGACCUCAUCUGAAUACAAUGUGCUUCUUGGUGCAGCUGGUUUCAAGGAGAUACAGUUCAGGAAAAGAAGAAUCUUUGAUGUUAUUUUUGGAAGAAAAUAA